GAAAACAACGCGUUAAUAUCUAAAUUAACGACAUAAAAGUGUUACUCGUAAUGUGUUAAUGCUAACGUAGCCAAAGAUAUAAUUGUCACAUGUUUAUGAAAAUACACCUGGACAAUAAAUCCCCGUUUUAUAUUACAUAUUCUCUAGUUAAUAAAAUCAAAAUCACGAACGCGCAAUCAGUUUGAGCGCAGUGAGCAUAGCAGAGAAGAGAAGAGCAGAGCAGAGAGUGUAAGCAAGCAAGUAGCAGCAGUCGCCAGAGCACCGUAGAGUUGUGUAACACGGCAACGGGCAACGUGAACGUGAACGUGAAGAACGAACGUGUGUAAUAUAGAAUUUGGAUUUAGUUAUUGUGCGCUUAAGCAGAAACAACAACAGCAGCAUGGCGCUCGAGUUGGAUGCGAAAAAUGCGGCGGCGACUGGUGAUGCUGCGUCUGGUGUCACUGGCAAGGCCAAAGCCAAGGAGAACAAGAGCAACAACAACAACACUGUAACCACAGCCGGCGAAAAGAACUUGGUCAAUGGCAGCAGUAGCAACGCAUCGAAGAAGAAAGGAGGCAAGAAAAACCGCAACAAAAGCCCGCCCCAAGAAGCCGUCGCCACCGAGACUGAUGCAGCUCUGAGCAAUGGACAUGCGGGGAAAGCAGCGGCAGUUAAUGGCGGCGAUGCGGCCGACGCCAAUGCCAAUGUUGUGGCCGACAAGGAACUACCAACAGCAGCCGGAGCAGCAGAAGGCGAGGAGGGAACUAAAGAAGCUGUGGCUGAUGGAGAUGAAGCUUCUGGCGAGGAUGUCGAUUUGGAUGCCUUGCAUGAUGUGGGCAUAACGGUGAACAUCAGCAGUCCCGGCGCCGAUGUGCUCUCGGUCCAAUUGUCGAGCAUGGAGCUGGUGCAGGAGAUACAUCAGCUGCUGAUGGAUCGUGAGGAGACAUGCCACAGGACGUGCUUCUCGCUGCAGCUGGACAACGUGACGCUGGACAACUUUGCCGAACUGAAGACCAUUGAGCAUUUGGAUCAGGGAUCGACGAUACGCGUCGUCGAGGAGCCGUACACAAUGCGUGAGGCGCGUAUUCAUGUGCGUCAUGUGCGCGAUCUACUCAAAAAUCUGGAUCCGGCUGAUGCCUACAAUGGCAUUGAUUGCAUCUCGCUCACUUAUUUGAAGACCAUCACACAGGGUGAUCUGCUGGACAAGAAGCGGACACGCCCCGAUUCCGUUGACUGCACGCCACCCGAGUAUGUGACGCCCGGAGUGCGUGAGCCGCCACUGCUGCCACUGCAUCCGAAUGUGAAGAAUGCCAAGGGACCACAGGCACUCAAGGUGCUGACGACAUCGGCCUGGAAUCCGCCACCCGGUCCACGCAAGCUGCAUGGAGAUCUGAUGUACUUGUAUGUGGUUACCAUGGAGGAUAAACGUUUUCACAUCUCUGCCUGCUCGAAGGGCUUCUACAUUAAUCAGUCGACAGACGAUUGCUUCAAUCCCAAGCCAGACAAUCCCAGUCACUUGAGUCAUUCACUCAUUGAUCUGCUCUCCCACAUUUCGCCAUCGUUCCGACGCGCCUUCCAGGCCAUCCAGAAGCGUCGCACCAUGCGGCAUGCCUUUGAGCGUGUGGCGACUCCCUAUCAGGUGUACCAGUGGUCGGCACCACAACUCGAGCACACCGUGGACGCCAUACGUGCCGAAGAUGCCUUCAGCUCCAAGUUGGGCUACGAGGAGCAUAUUCCUGGCCAGACACGCGACUGGAAUGAGGAGCUGCAGACAACUAGAGAACUGCCACGCAAGACACUGCCAGAGCGUUUGCUGCGCGAACGCGCUAUCUUCAAGGUGCACGGUGACUUUGUGACGGCGGCAACUCGUGGUGCCAUGGCCGUCAUUGAUGGCAAUGUGCUGGCUAUCAAUCCCGGCGAGGAUGCCAAAAUGCAAAUGUUCAUCUGGAACAACAUAUUCUUCUCGCUGGGAUUCGAUGUGCGCGACCAUUACAAGGAGCUGGGCGGCGAUCAUGCCGCAUUUGUGGCACCACGCUAUGAUCUGCAUGGCGUGCGUGUCUACAAUGCUGUGGACGUGGAAGGUCUCUAUACACUGGGCACAGUUGUAAUUGACUAUCGUGGCUAUCGCGUCACCGCCCAGUCGAUCAUUCCCGGCAUUCUGGAGCGCGAACAGGAACAAUCUGUAGUCUAUGGCUCCAUCGAUUUCGGCAAGACGGUGCUAAGUCAUCCCAAGUAUCUGGAGCUGUUGCGCCUUGCGGGCAAACACUUGAAGAUCUUACCGCACUCGGUGCUCAAUGAGCGCGAUGAAGCCGUCGAGCUGUGCUCCUCGGUGGAGUGCAAGGGCAUAAUUGGCAACGAUGGCCGUCAUUAUAUACUCGAUUUGCUGCGCACGUUCCCGCCAGAUGUAAAUUUCCUCAAGCUGCAGGAUGUGCAGCUGAGCAAAGAGCUUACCGAGAUGGGCUUCCCCAUUGAGCAUCGCCAUAAGCUGUGCUGCUUGCGCCAGGAGUUGCUCGAGGCAUUCAUUGAGGAUCGCUAUGUGACCUUCAUACGCAUUGCCGCCGUGCAUCUGCAAUCACUCAAUGCCAAGAAGCAGGCAGCGGCUACCGCGGAGAAAGAGCUGCCUGCCAUUGCCGAGAAGCAGCAGGAAGAGCAGGCAGAGAAGCCAGAGGAGAAACCAAACGAUGAAGCAAAAACAACAGCCGAGGAGAAGCCAGCGGAAUCAUCGCCGAGUGCCACAGAGACAAAGAGUGCUGAGGCCAUGGUGAAUGCCAUACGCGAAGCACAGUCGAAUGUCGCCAUUUCAAACGAGGUGCAGGCCGCCGAGGUGGUCAAACGCGCCUGCUCCGCUGUGGGGUCGCUCAAAGAGAAGGAAUUUGAUUUCCGCUUUAAUCCCGAUGUCUUUUCGCCGGGCAUUCGUCACGUGGAUGGUCCUGAGGGCGGCUCCCAAUCGUUGGCCAAGCAAAAGAAACUUGUACAGGAUGCCGCCGAAUUUCUGGUGCUUAAACAAAUCCCUGCCUUCAUCAAGGAGCACAUGGCUCACUCAUCGCCGCCCAUUGAUGGGCAGAGCUUAACCGACUCUCUGCACAGUCAUGGCAUCAAUAUUCGCUACCUUGGCAAGGUGAUCAAAAUGCUUGGCCAGAUGCCACGCAUGGAUUAUCUGCAUCGCAUUGCCAUUAUGGAGCUGAUUGUGCGUGCCACCAAACACAUCUAUUACACAUACAUGCAGAGCACCGAGCCACUGCAUCUGUCCGCUGCGAUUAGUCACUUCCUCAAUUGUCUGGUGACCACGGGACCAGUAAAUCCUGCCGUCAGCAGCGAGGAGGCGCACAAGAAACAAACGCGCAGCAACGGUGGCAAGCACAACAAACACAACAAGUCUGCCAAGACGUCAAAGCCACAGCAGGCAGCUGCCACCCAACAGAAUGGAGGUGGCAACUCUGCAGCUGCUGGAGGCAGUGCCAAUGGAUCAAAUGGAUCGAGUAGCAGCUCCUACGACUGGACACUGGUAACGCCUCGCUCGCUGUGGCAGCAAAUCCGCAAGGAGGCGAAGGCAUACUGGAACUGGGAGUUGGAUUGCGAUUCCAUUGAGGCGGCUGUAUCCAAAUACGGACUGCAGCGCAUCAGCUUGUUGCGUGCCUUCUGCCUCAAAGUAGGCAUCCAGGUGCUGUUGCGCGACUAUAACUUCGAGUCGAAGCACAAGCCCACAUUCAGCGACGAUGACAUUGUGAACGUGUUCCCCGUGGUGAAGCACAUCAGUCCACGUGCCACAGAUGCGUACAACUUCUACACCACGGGUCAGACCAAAAUCCAACAGGGUCUGCUCAAGGAGGGCUACGAGCUGAUCAGCGAGGCACUUAAUCUUCUCAACAAUGUGUUUGGCGCUAUGCAUCAGGAGAAUGGCUCCUGUCUCCGCAUGCUGGCGCGUCUCAGUUAUCUGCUGGGCGAUGCCCAGGAUGCGUUGGCUAUUCAACAGCGCGCUGUCAUCAUGAGCGAGCGUGUCAAUGGCAUUGACAAUCCCUCAACAAUUUUGGAAUACGCACAUUUGUCGCUCUAUUCGUUUGCCAAUGGUCACGUGGGUAUGUCGCUGAAACUUCUUUAUCGUGCUCGCUAUCUGCUGGUGCUUAUCUGUGGCGAGGAUCAUCCCGAGGUGGCACUUAUCGAUAGUAACAUCAGCUUGAUCCUGCAUGCGCUGGGAGAGUAUGAGCUGUCGCUGCGUUUCAUUGAGCAUGCAUUGAAGCUCAAUCUGAAGUACUUUGGUAACAAGGCCAUGCAUGUGGCGGUUAGCUAUCAUCUGAUGGCACGCACACAAUCCUGCAUGGGCGACUUCCGUUCGGCGCUAAACAAUGAGAAGGAGACCUACUCCAUUUACAAAUCCCAGCUGGGUGAGAAACACGACAAGACCCGCGAAUCGGCAGAAUGUCUGCGUCUGUUGACUCACGAGGCCGUCGCUCUGCAGCGCAAGAUGAACGACAUUUACACCAAUGGCAAGUUGACCAGUGAUCUGCCACCCAUUCACAUAACGCCCCCAUCGAUGGGAUCUGUACUGGAAAUGCUAAACACAAUCAAUGGCAUACUCUUUGUGCAUAUCAGCCAAAAGGACAUUGUCAAGGUGCGCACCGAAAUAGAAAAGCAUUUGAAAACAAAUACCGAAGAGAACGAAAUUACGGAUGCUCUUAAAACAAUUGUGGCCUCGGCCAACAACAAUGAAAAUCUAUCUGAGACUGAGCAACCAAAGGAAGACUCAACCGCUGCAGGAGAACCAGUCAAACCCACGCAGCUUACAAAUGGAGGUGAUGCGUCCACGACGGUUUCUAGUUGAAUGAAUCCAUCAUGUCCACAAGCCCUGCAAAGCAACUACAACAAAAACAGCAUCAUUAAGAAGAAGAAGAAGACAAAACUACAAUAAUAAAACAUCAAAAACGAAACACUCAAAAAACAAAAGCAAGUCACAAAAUAGUCGAAACUGUUGUCCAAACGUUUGUUCGUUGUCGUAUCAACGUUAUUUCAAUUUCAUUCGGCGUCUGAGCAAAAUUCGUUUAUACUGAAGUGAACCCAAAAACAAACACAGAUACCCAUACCCACACACAAGAUAAUAAUAAUAGUAAUAAAAGCAUAUUCAAUUAUGUGUCCUUUUCUAAA